CUAGCCUUCGAGUUAUUUCGCUUAAGGGAACAGAUCGAUGAUCCAUCCUGUAGCUAACACUGCAGGAGUUAUGAGCAAUCUCUCUCCUUCGGGCAACGGAAGUGGUGUACCUCAUAACAGCACAAAAGAGGAAUCCAUUGUUGACUUGCCGGAGCGAAGCAGUGAUAGUCAUGUACCCAAAACAGCAAUAGGAGACGAGUCUUCAAAACAAGUUGAGCAAGCAGCUGUCGACGGUCCACAUGAGAUGUCAAUCGAGGAGUUGUUGAACAAAAUAAAAGGAGCCGAUGGCAUAUCGGUACUAUUCGUCCCCAGCACCGAUGGACGUCGGCUAGUGGCAGUAGCUUUGAACGGCCUUCGGGAUGGAAGAGGAUCCCCCGAUGUACCCACUCCUGCCGUUGUGAUGAAAGAGGGUAUGGAGGAGGAUAAGAAUCACCAUAAGGAUCUGGCUGGCACGAAUCAGGAGGGCUUCCGGACCUGGCUAAUGUUCCUGGCGUCACUCGCUGCCACCGUAACCUUCACCGCUGGCCACGCCCCGCCCGGUGGUUUCUGGUCCGCUGACGACAAGGCCAAUGGAUACGUUGCUGGCACCUCGGUCAUGCGUGACAAAUUUUUCUACAGGUACCUGGCCUUUUAUUACAGCAACACCGCUGCCUUCUUCGUCUCCCUCACGAUCAUCGUGAUGCUCGCUAAAGAUAAAAAGGGGAACGACCGGGCCAGCAGAAUGAAUGAUCCCAUUGAACACAAUCGUUUUGUUUUCAUAGGCCUUGUUGCUACUUGCAUUCUGAACCUGGGGAGUAGCUACGUCACCGGCUCGUCGCAUAACCCUAAAGAAGGGAUGCCCAGCAUGGUUAUGUUUGCAUCCGUCCUUAUCUACUUGUCUCUGCAUUGGAUCAAGGAAACGAUAGCAUGGGUUAAGAAAAUACCCUCCAAAAUAAGGCAAGCUUGGCUAAAAAAGGAUACCAACAGUAUGAUGCUACAAGUAACCGUCAAUGCUAAGUAAGGCCUAAGGAAGAAGAGAUGUUGCCUAGAAGAAACAAGAAAGAUCCUUAGAUGGCAACAUGCUUGCCUGCGUGCAAACUUAUGUCCUCUACUAGUAAACAAUGGUAAUUAUGUUAGAUACGGUCGAGAUGCCAUUUACGCUAUGCAUAUUUACGUUUCCAUAUGUAUGCUUGUCAGAACAAUUAUGUUCUACGCGUUUGUUUGUAGUACCUCCUAUUAUGAGAGAUAUGAAGUUGAGUUCUAAGUUGAUUCCAUUUAUGUCAUGGAUAUGCCAAGGAAAAAAAUUA